AGUCGUUUUGUCUUUGUUACUCAUUGCCAAAAAAGAAAGAUAGAAUGACGUUUGUGUCGCUUGCUGGAAAGCUCUCCUUACUUGUCUCACUCUUGCACCAGUUCAACUCAGUUCAGCCCAGUGCAGCUAAAAGAAACAGACCUAUUGUUUACACUUUACAGGCUUGGCUUGGCGGUCACUGCAGUCGUACCGACUUGUGCAUUGUAUUUUUAUAUUAAUUUUAUAUUAAAUAAUAUGGAUAUUGAACAUUUUCCACCGCGUAGUAGUUAUAACAACAAAGUUAAUUGUUCAGUUCGCGGUUGUCAAAGUAAGGCUCGGAAAAAUUUAAAUGUUCGAUUUCAUAUUUUUCCCAAGCCUAAUAAACGCUUCAUACAUUUAUUUGGCAAUUCAGAAAAAAUUGAUCGUUUUAAAGCCUGGAAAAAUGCAUUAAAAAUUGAGGAAGUAAACCCUCAUAUGAGAGUGUGUUCGCUGCAUUUCAAGAAAGAAGAUUAUAUGCAACCAUCAAAUGCUGUUUUAAAAAAGAGACACUUGAAGAAAACUGCUGUUCCAUCGCGCAAUUUGCCAAGCAGUACUAGAGAAAAAACUUCAAGUGUAGCGGAAGCUGAUGAAGCACGACGAAUCCAGAAACGAAUAAGAAGGAAUUGUCAAAGGAAAGAAUUAAUGGAGCAAAGAAUUCAAAUAGAAAGGCCUGUAAUGCAAGAAGAAACGAACAAUGAAGAAGAAAAUCCUGCAGUUGUGUCUAUACAUGAAAUUCAUGUUGAGGAUGACCCAAGUUUUAGUGCUCUAUUAUUUCAAAAUGCUGAGGUGCAAGUCAACAAAUUCGUUAAUUUUAUCAAAAAUAAAAACGAAUUAAGUACUUUAACAGGAAUUGAAUCUUUUGAAAUUUUAAAUACUAUUACUGAAAUUGUAGAACUUGCAGUACAUAAAGAUAAAUUUGAAAACAGUAAAGUCAGGAUGAAUAUGAUAGAUAGAAUUAUUAUGACAUACAUAAAGUUAAAACAAAAUGCUUCGUAUAGCUUCUUAGGUAUUAUGUUUGGUUGCACAGCAAAGCAUUGUCAGCGAGUAUUUUAUGAAAUGAUAAAGAUAUUAAGCAAGUGCUUGAAAGUAGCAAUUUCUUGGCCAUCAAAAGAGGAAAUUGCAAAAAAAUUGCCACCGUGUUUUGAAGAUUUUAAAGACGUUAGAGUAGUAGUUGAUUGCACUGAAGUUUUUAUCCAAAAACCGGCAAAGUUUUGCUGUCAAUUGUCGACAUAUAAAACGUGUAAAAUAAUGACCGGUGUUACACCAGCAGGAAAUAUUUCAUAUGUUAGUAGGCCUUAUGGUGGAAGAGUAAGUGACACAGUUAUAUUUGAACAAAGUAAUUUAAUAAAUUUAUUGCAACCUGAUGACGCAGUAAUGGUUGACGAAGAGAUUUUAAUUGAUAAAGUAUGUGAAUUAAAUCGUUUUAAAUGCAUAAGACCAUCAUUUUUGAAAGACAAACAACUUACUAAAGCGGAAUUAAUUUUGACAUGUAAAAUAGCUGCAGCUAGAGUUCACGUAGAACGAUCUUAUCAGAGAAUAAAAGCUUUUAAAAUUGUAAGUUCAAAAAUGCCUACUGUACCGAUUUUAGGAGACAUUUUUGUAGUUAUUUGUGCAACAAUUAAUAUGAGUUUGUCCAUUCUUCAACGAUAAUAAAUUUAUAGAAAUAUAAACCUUUUAUAAUACAUACAUUAUCUGUCAAAUAAUGAGAAAUUGUAAAAAAACAAAUUUAUAAUUUAUAACUUGCUGCUACUUAAUUCGAAUGUGUGUUUAUUAAAUAAAGAAAGUUAAAAUUUAAUUCUGCAGUUGGAUUUUUAAUAUUUUUUAUUUCAUUUCACAUAAUGAGUAACAUCAAGUAGUUUAUUAAAAUGUUCAACACAUAUAUCAUCUUAUCAACUUUUAAAAUAGUGCAACUUUUGCCUUUAAUAAAUUUUCUCUGCGUAGAAUUUGCAUCAGCCCAAUCACAAAUAUUUUCCAUGGAUAACAUUAUUAUAACAGAGUAGAUAUAACAGUAUUUGAAGUCCAUCAAAAAUGUUACCUAUUCUAUGCCAUAUACAUAUUGGUUAAGCCCCCAUUUCCAUGUCAGAUCCCAAUAGUUUUUACUUAGUUUUUUUUAUUUCACUUUUUUGAUUUUAGAUAAUUUUAAUACUUUCACUUUUAUCACACGGUCUUCAUUAGCGAAGAUAAUCAUUAAUAAUUGUCAAUUGUCUUGAACUUUGAAACCUACAAUUUUUACUUGGAUUUUUAAUGUUUAAGAAUUAUCGUACUUAUUCGGUCGUAAUUAAAAAUAUUAAUACAUCAUUAAAAUAAGAAAUAUUUAAAGUUAAUAUAAAAAUCUUUAUUCCUUCUGUAACAGAAUCUAAAUUUUUCUUAUGUUAAAAUGUGUGUAUUUCAAAGAUAGGCUGUUCUUUUCUCUAAAAAAUAAAAUAAAACUGAAUUAAACUUAUCUUAUAAAUAAAAUAACUGAAUACAUUACCAAACUUAAUAUAUUGUUGAAAUAGAUUGCAAACUUACCACUCGUCUAUCUCAAUAGUAUAUUUUUAGAAAACUUUAAGAAGCAAAUAAUGACCGAUAUGUGCAUGAGAAUAAAUUAAUGUAAUGUUUUCAGUUAUCAUAUAUAUUAUUCUGAUUCUGAUUAAUUACACUUUUCCAAAACUCACAAAUUAUUAUUAUUAUUAUA